AUGCAUCCCCCUGCCACAGGUGAGAACGUCAUUUCCCCUAUAUCAGAUAAAGGGAGCUUCCAUGAUAGAGCAAGGAUUGACAAAUCUGAUCCUAAUGAUGGCAAGGUCAUCGAAAAUGUGGAGGAAUGUGACAUUAUACCUACUUCUGGAAAGAAAAAGAAGAAUCCGCAAUUCGUCAAUUCACUGUUUGAUCAAGUUGAGAUUAAUCCGUGGGUGCUGAAGCGCUACAAGUUGUUGUACUUGCAUGAACUUCUUACUGAAAGAGACUCUUUGGACACCUUUGCUUUUGUUGAUCCGGCAACUACAUAUAAUUGUGAAAGACUGGACUUUGAACGGUUAUUUGAGUAUCACUUGGAGGCUAAUCUGCUCUGUCCUCUAUUCUCUAUCAUCUAUCUUCCACUCGUCAUAGAAAAUUCAAGGGAUCUGGGUUCCAGGAUUUAUUGUCCUUGUAGAAAGUGUGAAAAUCGUUAUCUCUAUGUAAGAUUAGUUGUGCGGCAACAUCUUCAUGAUUAUGGUUUCUUUAAGAAGUAUAGGAAAUGGGAUAAACAUGGUGAGCCUAAUCAUUAUGUUCAUCCAGUGGAUGGAAAUCAAAAUGGUAUUGGGUUAGAUUCUUAUAUGGAGGAUGAUAUGGUCAGACUUGUCCAAGAAGCUUUAGGAGCUCCUAAUGUAGGAACACAUGAUCAGACUAGUGAAGAAAACUCAACUAAUCCUAAUGUGGGGGCAAACGAACCUACCAAGAAGUUCUUGAAGCUUCUUGAGGAUGCAAACCUUCCAUUGUAUCCGGGUUCUAAGAGACACACAGCUUUGUCAUAUACAGUUCGUCUUUUGCAAGCGAAGGUGCUCCAUGGAUGGAUAGAUAAAUCCUUCAAAACUUUACUUGAGAUAGCAAAAGAAUCUAUGCCUGAAGGUGUGCAACUUCCCAAUUCAUAUUAUGAAGCGCAGAAGUUAACAAAAGAUCUCGGAUUCACUUAUGAAACAGUAGAUGCAUGUCCUAACAGUUGUAUGUUGUUUAGAAAUGAAGACAUAAAUUUGGAUGAAUGCAGAAUAUGCAAGACAUCUCGAUGGAAAGAUAACAAUGGUAGUUCAAAUGAUGUUGCAGCACUUGGGAAACGAAAAGUAGCAAAACAAGCAAGAUAUUUUCCUUUAAAACCAAGGUUACAAAGGUUGUUUAUGUCUUCAAAAACAGCAAAGCUUAUGAGAUGGCAUGGAGAGGAAAGAACAGAUGAUGGUGUGUUUAGGCAUCCUGCAGACUCUAUUGCAUGGAAAGAUUUUGCCCAAAAACACACAAAUUUUUCGAGAGACAUUCGCAAUGUAAGGCUUGGGUUAGCAUCUGAUGUAUUCAACUCAUUUAGGUCUAUGAAUAUAGUUCAUAGUGCCUGGCCUAUCAUAUUGGUUCCCUACAAUUUACCACCUAUGUUGUGCAUGAAGCAGCCCUUUAUAUUUCUAUAUGUUCUUAUUGAUGGUCCUAAGGCACCCGGUGAUAAAAUUGAUGUCUACAUGCAGCCACUCAUUGAAGAAUUGAAGGAACUGUAUGAAGAUGGUGUAGAAACAUUUGAUGCAUUCAGCAAUGAAAUGUUUAAAAUGCAUGCUGAAUUGUUGUGGACGAUUAAUGACUUUCCUGCCUAUGCCAACUUGUCAGGGUGGAGUACAAAAGGUGAAUUUGCUUGCCCAUCAUGCAACUCUGAAAGUGGUUACCAGCGGUUGAAGUUCGGUAAAAAAGCUUCAUACAUGACUCAUCGGCGGUGGUUACCCUAUGAUCACAAGUAUCGAGCAGAUUCAAGGUCAUUUAAUGGCAAUACAGAAUAUAGAAGGAAGCCUAAAACUUUAUCUGGUGCUGAUCUUCUUGCACAAUUGGAAUCAAAUGGUGUUCUUACAGAGUACAAGCGGGAAGAUCUAGAGCGAAGGAAGGUGCUUGGGGUGCAAAAACCUGAUAAUGAUCCUUUGAUGAAAAAGAAGCAUAAUUGGAAGAAGAAAAGUAUAUUUUAUGAGCUUCCAUAUUGGAAAGACAACCUCAUACGUCACAACCUUGACGUGAUGCAUAUUGAAAAGAACAUUUGUGAUAAUGUUCUUUUCACAAUAUUAGGAGUUGCUGGAAAGUCUAAGGACAACUUGAAUUCUCGUCGUGAUCUGGAACUUAUGGGAAUUAGGGAGCAGUAUCAUCUAAAGAGGAGAGAGUCCGGUACAGAGUAUGCUGAUCCAGCUGAGUUUGAGAUGAACAAUAAGGGGAAAGAUAUGUUCUUUUCAGCCUUAUCAGGAUCACGAAUGCCAGAUGGAGCUACUUCCAAUAUUGCACGUCGAGUACGUUUACAUGAUCGUAGUAUUGGAGGUCUUAAGAGCCACGAUAACCAUAUUCUAUUGCAGCAACUUAUUCCUUUAUUUAUACGAAGUUCUUUACCAGAGAAUGUGGUUCAGGCAUUGAUUGAUCUGGCUGAUGAAGCAUUAAUUGCUGGUGCUGUAAUUUUUCGGUGGAUAUAUCCUAUUGAGAGGUAUCUACUGACCUUGAAGGAAUAUGUGUGGAAUCGGGCUUGUCCUGAAGCAUUAAUGGCUAAAGGUUAUUUGAUGGAAGAGUGCAUGAACUUCUGUACUCAGUAUCUCAAUGAUGUGGAAAGCAAGUUUAAUAGACCAGCAAGGAAAAAAAAUGAUGACGAUAUAAACAAGGGAAAAGACUUUGUUAUCAAUUUGCAAAGAACAAGUUCUGUAUUGUUAUCAGAAGAAGUUAUUGCUUUGUCUAAUUCUCCUAGUCCAUCAGCAAAGAGAUUGACUUCUUACAAUGCGAAUGGGUUUUUCUUUCGAGUGAAAAGUCUUGAUAAUCAUCGCUCAACACAGAAUAGUGGUGUAACUUUACAAGCAGACAAGAAUUUUUCUAUUGACUCUUCACCAUACUAUGGGAGAUUGACAGAUAUUAUCAAAAUCUCUUAUGGUAUAAAGUUAGACCAUUUUAAGUUUCCUUUAGUUAACUUCAAGCGUUUGUUGUACAAAAAUGAUUGCAUAGGGGAUGAACCCUUCAUAUUGGCAUCUCAAGCUCAUCAAUUAACCAUGAAGAAAAGGAAGAUUGGUCGACCGCGCACCAUGUCUGAAUAUUUGAGUUCCAGCAGCUCUCAAUCUUCAAGCAACAGCAUUUCCUCAUCACAACAGCCAUCACAGUCUUCAAGAUUGCCACCACCAUCUCCUUCCCCUCCACCUCCUCCACCACCGCCACCCCUUGCACUACCAUCUCCACCAGCAGAGAUGGAAGUACAAGCUACUGUUGAAAGUUCCAAAGGUCAAAACAAGGGUAUCUCAUAA